UUUUAUCGUUAAGAAAUGUCGAGAACACCAAUUUUGAUGUGAAAGCUCUCCGCGCCUUCAGAGUAUUCAGGCCUCUACGUCUAGUUUCAGGGGUGCCAAGUUUACAAGUUGUUUUGAAUUCCAUUUUCCGUGCCAUGGUGCCCCUCCUCCACAUUGCCCUUCUCGUCAUCUUCGUCAUCAUCAUCUAUGCUGUAAUUGGUCUGGAGCUCUUCAUGGAGUAUAUGCAUAAAACGUGUUAUUUCAAAGACACAUCCAUAAUAGCGAUGGACGACCCCCAUCCGUGUGGGAACGGAUUCAGGUGCACGGACCUCCUCGAGGUCGGUAUCAACAACACGGAUUGUUUAGAGAAGUGGGAGGGUCCAAACGAUGGCAUCACCACGUUUGAUAACAUCGGGCUUGCCAUGCUGACCGUGUUCCAGUGCAUCACCAUGGAAGGGUGGACGGACAUCAUGUAUGACAUCAAUGACGGUGCUGGUCCCUGGUGGCCGUUCCUCUACUUUGUGAGUCUCAUCAUCAUUGGUUCAUUCUUUGUUCUCAACCUGGUUCUUGGUGUCCUAAGUGGGGAAUUCUCCAAGGAGAGAGAAAAGGCCAAAGCAAGAGGAGCGUUUCAGAAGCUACGAGAGAAGCAACAGAUAGAGGAGGAUCUCCGAGGCUACUUAGACUGGAUCACACAAGCAGAGGAUAUUGAUCCUGAUAAUGACAGUGAGCAAAACCCAGGUCCGCCAAAACACGUUCUCUGGAAGAGACUUGGUACCUUAAACACCAAAGUUCCCAAACCUAUAAGCGAGUCUGAUUCAGAUGACAAAUCAGAAGAAAUGGGAAGCAGUGAAAUACCUCAGCAACAAUGGAUGCAGAAAGAAAGGCGUCAACUCAGACGAUGGAAUAGAAGGUGUCGUAGGUUAUGUCGGCAGGCAGUGAAAUCGCAAGCAUUCUAUUGGAUCGUCAUCAUCAUGGUCUUCUUCAACACAGUGAUCCUAGCCUCGGAGCACUAUAGCCAGCCUGCGUGGCUCACAGAUUUUCAAGACUUUGGCAACUUGUGCUUUGUGGUCAUCUUCACGAUUGAGAUGAUAAUCAAGAUGUACAGCCUGGGUCUUCAGGGCUACUUUGUGUCGCUCUUCAACCGUUUUGAUUGUUUUGUGGUGUGUAGCAGUAUCAUAGAAGUCGUCUUCAUCUAUGCCCAUAUCAUCCCUCCCAUUGGUAUCAGCGUCUUACGCUGUGUCAGACUUCUCAGGGUCUUUAAAGCAACCAGAUACUGGACAGCGCUGAGGAACCUGGUUGCGUCCCUCCUGAACAGUAUGCGCUCCAUCGCCAGCUUGCUAUUGCUUCUCUUUCUCUUCAUCCUCAUCUUUGCUCUCUUGGGAAUGCAAGUCUUUGGAGGCCAUUUUAACUUUGACAGCACCAAGCUCAAGCCUCGAAGCAACUUUGAUUCCUUCUUUCAAUCGCUCUUCACUGUGUUCCAAAUCUUAACUGGUGAAGACUGGAACGAGGUGAUGUAUGAUGGCAUUCAGGCUUACGGUGGAGUCAAGUCAAUUGGAUUCCUUGCUAGCACCUACUUUAUCAUCUUGUAUAUCUGUGGUAACUACAUCCUACUCAACGUGUUCUUGGCCAUUGCCGUGGACAACCUGGCCGAUGCCGAAUCCCUCACAGCCUUAGAGAAGGAGAAAGAGGAGGAGAAGAGGAACAAGUCCAUCAGGAGAGCCAACGAGUUUGACCUCUCCAAGCAGCUGCCCCCUGGUGUUGACCCCAAGGGAGUCAUCCGUGGACCCAAGAGGUUACAGGAGAAGAGGAAAGCUGCGUUCGGUAAAGAGUCAGAUGGUUCAUUGAAUCAUAAAAGCAAGUCACAAGAUAGUGAAGAAAACGUAAAUGUGAUUGAUGAAGAUGAUGUGAAGAAAUCUUUGAAAGAACCAGAUGAAGAUGACAAAGAAGAAGAAGAAGCAGAGUCUCUAACAACAGCUUCCGCUAGACCAAGGAGGCUUUCAAAUAUCAACAUACCCACCAAAACAAGACCCAUACCCAAAGCAAAUUCCCUUUUUGUAUUCUCCAACACAAAUAGAUUUCGUCGUUUGUGUUAUAACCUCGUGAAUCAUCCUUAUUUUACCAAUGUGGUGCUGGUUCUUAUCCUCAUAAGCAGCACUAUGUUGGCAGCUGAGGAUCCACUCGAUGAAGAUAAAAGGAGAAAUUAUAUAUUGAGCCUUUUUGAUUACGGAUUUACUUCAAUAUUUACAAUUGAAAUUCUUCUAAAGGUUGUUGCCUAUGGACUUGUUUUCCAUCAAGGUGCCUUCUGUCGUAACUCUUUCAAUUUAUUGGAUCUGCUAGUUGUAACUGUAGCCUACAUUUCAAUCAUAUUCGAUGAUACGAAAAUCUCUGCAGUGAAGACUCUGAGAGUUCUCAGGGUUCUUAGGCCACUUCGAGCUAUCAACAGAGCUAAGGGGCUUAAGCACGUGGUUCAGUGUGUGUUUGUGGCCAUCAAGACGAUAGGGAACAUCAUGCUCGUUACACUGCUCCUAGUCUUCAUGUUUGCCUGCAUUGGGGUGCAACUGUUCCGUGGAAGAUUCUUUUCCUGUAACGACUCCUCGAAGCUCUAUGAGGAAGACUGUCAAGGUCAUUAUUUUGUAUACAAGAAUGGAGACUUGGAUCAAGUAUCAGUUGAACAGCGUGUAUGGAGUAAGAAUGAAUUCCACUUUAAUGAUGUAGGAAAUGCUAUGCUGGCUCUCUUUACCGUCGCAACGUUUGAAGGUUGGCCAAAGCUUCUGUAUGUGGCUGUAGACUCUACCGAGGAUGAUAAGGGUCCCGUACACAGCUCUCGCAUGCCUGUAGCGGUCUUCUUCUUUGCGUACAUCAUCGUCAUCGCUUUCUUCAUGGUCAACAUCUUCGUGGGUUUCGUCAUUGUCACCUUCCAGAAUGAGGGAGAGCAAGAAUACAAGAAUUGUGAACUAGACAAAAAUCAGAGAAAUUGUCUAGCGUUUGCCCUCAAAGCAAAACCUGUGCGGAAGUACAUCCCCAAGAAUCCAAAGCAACAUUUAGUUUGGAAGCUUGUCACGUCUCGGGCUUUUGAGUACUUCAUAUUUGUUCUCAUCAUGGUUAAUACCAUUAUUCUUGCCAUGAAGUAUCGCACACAAACGGAAGCCUACAAGAAUGUGUUGGACUACAUGAACAUUGUGUUUACAGCGGUUUUCACCGUUGAGUUUCUACUCAAGAUCAUUGCAUACAAGCCCAAGAAUUACUUCCGGGAUUAUUGGAACGCGUUUGAUUUCAUCAUUGUGUUAGGGAGCAUCAUAGAUAUAAUGAUUGACAUGUUUAGUGUUGUUACAGCGGCGAAUGAGAAGAAGCAGUUCAGCAUCAACUUCUUCCGGUUGUUUCGAGUCAUGAGAUUGAUCAAGCUCCUAAGCAGGGGAGAAGGAAUUCGAACUCUGCUGUGGACAUUUAUCAAGUCUUUCCAGGCCCUGCCAUAUGUAGCGUUAUUAAUCGUCAUGUUGUUUUUUGUAUAUGCUGUUAUUGGAAUGCAGAUGUUUGGUAAAAUCAAGCUAUCGUUGGAUGGAGCUCUAAAUCGGAAUAAUAACUUCCGUACAUUCCCCACUGCUGUAAUGGUGCUAUUCAGAUCAGCUACAGGUGAAGCAUGGCAACAGAUUAUGAUGGCAUGUUCACAAUCACCCAAGGCACCGUGCCAAAGAGAUGAUACAGAGAUAUGUGGCAAUAAUUUUGCCUAUGUAUAUUUCAUCUCUUUCUACUCCAUCUGUUCAUUCCUGAUCAUUAAUUUAUUUGUAGCUGUCAUCAUGGAUAAUUUUGAUUAUCUAACACGUGAUUGGUCAAUUCUAGGACCACACCAUCUAGAUGAAUUUGUCAGACAAUGGUCAGAGUUCGACCCGGACGCAACGGGUCGUAUCAAGCAUUUAGAUGUAGUGACGUUACUACGCUCCAUAUCCCCUCCCCUAGGUUUUGGGAAACUUUGCCCUCAUAGAAUUGCAUGCAAGAGAUUAGUGACAAUGAAUAUGCCGCUCAAUAGUGAUGGUACCGUCAUGUUCAACGCUACACUGUUUGCACUCAUCAGGACAUCAUUAAAAAUAAAAACAGAAGGUAAUAUAGAUCAGUGUAAUGAGGAGCUAAGAGCAGUCAUCAAGAAGAUUUGGAAAAGGACAAGUACUAAACUCUUGGACCAAGUUGCUCCACCAGCAGGGGCCGAUGAUGAUGUGACAGUCGGCAAAUUUUAUGCAACAUUCCUGAUUCAGGACUACUUCCGUCGUUUCAAGAAGCGCAAGCAAGAGGGUUUGAAGAUCCCGGGACAACCAGACAGCACCUUUGCACUUCAGGCUGGAUUAAGAACUCUGCAUGAGAUUGGACCACAGAUCAAGAGGGCUAUAUCAGGCAAUCUGGAAGGCAUGGAUGAGAAUGAACAGUUCGAGCAUGAUGAACCAAAUCAUAGGCGGAGUCACUCGUUAUUUGGCACCGUGCUCAACAUGUACCACAACCGUCGUCAGUCCACCCCCAUGGCCAACACCCACUACCAGGGUCGGGACCCCCCUCCAGCCUACUACCCUAACAACGCCACCAACAACCUGGUGAGCUCGCCUCCGUCCAACCAGCACCGCAAGCUGUCUCCAGCGAACAGUCUCAACAACUACAACCACAAUCCUCAGAACAAGUCCCCGUUCAACAUGUCCUCCUCCAAGUCUCCAUCGGCCAUCAGGGGACGGGGCGGACCUUACUCCCCCAACGCCAACUCCCUCCAGGUGUCCUCGCCCCAUACCAGAGGCUUCUCACCGGUCGGUAACAGGAAUCCCGGAGGGAGGGGCAUGCCCAAUAACAGAGGGCCUGGCAAUAGAUAUAGCACAAAAGAAGGCAGACAACCCCUCCUCCAAAAUGAAGAUCGUCAUCACCACCAUCAUCAUAACAACAAUCAUCAUCACUCCCCUGAUUCGCCUUAUGAUGAUGAUGAUGUGGAGGAGAUAGAACCCAAGGCUCCAUCUUCACCACAGGUAGUAGAUGAGGAGUAUCAACCAGAACCAUACCAACAGCCUUACAGAGAACCCUAUAGGGACUACUCAAGCCUCUACACUGUUUAUGAGGAACCUCCCACCCUAAGAACAGAGUGUUACCAGGAGGAAGAUGAGGACAACCUUUCAGAGACCUCAUCUCAUCCUCCUACAUCACCCCUCCUAAGCCCUCAACGAUCCCCUUCAUCAUCCCGUGGCCACAGCCCCACCCCACCCCCUCACCAGAACUCCAGUAACCACCCCUCCCCCUCCCCGGCCAAGCUCACCCUGGACUUCUCCACGACGGUGCCAUCACCUACCGAAACAAGUCUUCCAAAGCUUGAGGGUGAGAGUAUAGGGAGCCGAAGUGUGACCCACAGCCCCCGCAAGUCACCCGCCGGUUCACCAAGCAGACGACUGUUGCUGCCCUCUGGCAAAUCAGAUGGUUUAGUGCCUGCAGGGGAUCGAAAGACGGCAGUGCCUCUCAAGCUAGCUCAGGCACAGGUCAUGGCAGUGGCCGGUAUGACACCCGAGGGCAAGACGCGCAACUCGACGGGACGAAUGUGGCUCACACCCCCCUCUUCCCCACGCCGGAUCCGCUCCUCCCUUCACACCCCUGCACCCCGCCCCACCACCCAGAGCUCUCAUCUCCUCCCCACCACGGGAUCGACGUCCAACUCGACGUCGACUCACAUGAUGGUGAAGGAGCCUCUGGCGCAGAGGCACUCCACCGGGGAGAUCGGGACAUCGCGCGAUCCCUCUGCGGCAUUCUUCAAGUCACUAACCAAACCUAAGACAUCUGUGCCUAGAAAUAACCCCAGUCCAGAAGAAGUAGCGGGUAGUGCAGAGAGUUUAGUAGCUCAGGUGCUAGCAGGGGAAGGCAUCUCGCCCAUUCGUGACAGGGACCUAAUCAACAUGGCCGAACGUGAGUUAGCCGAAGCCUGUAACAUGACCCAGGCUCAGCUGGACUCUGCUGCCCAUCGCAUCCUCUUCCCAAAGGACAAGCUGGCCAACGUCCCCGUUGUAACCACGACAGUCACCCAGGACACCCAGCUGCCGUAUUUUGACCAUCUGGGCGGCUACGAGCUGCGGGACUACACGCGCAGGUCGGGGGGUCACGAUCGGACUAACGAUGAUGACGAUGAGGAGGGUGGAAGGCGGGCGGGGCGCGAGGCAGACAGCGAUACAGAGUCGGGAACAAUAGAGGCUGAUGAACAUGGGGUGCUCUAUGUGACUACAUUAUAGCAGCAGCUCGUCUGUAGGACCACUUUUGUUUUUUUUCUAUGAAGAUGUAAAUAGUCAUGUUGUGUGCUGUGUUAUCAACGCUAUAGAUCAACUCUCUAUGUAUGGUGGAUUAGAUCAUGGAUGGACGACGUGGUAGCUCCGGCCGUUCGGCUUGAUCAGUACAAGUCUGUUGGCAAUCAGCGAUGACGUCUGUAGAUACAUUUGAUAUUCAAGUGAUCCCCAGUGCUGACAUCAUCAAGAACUAUACGAUAGUCUAUUGAUGCCUCUCAGUAAUCCUACCAUGUCUAGCUAGCAGUGAUUUUGGACAUGACUAAAUUUUGUUUGAUUGAUUAAUUUCACAUGGUGGAUGCUAAAUGUGCCAGAUUUGUAUUACAGUAUCAUAAUUAUAGAUUCUAGAAGGGUAUAAUGAUGUGUGAAGAAUGUCAAAUUCAAUGAGAAAUAUAGAUUUUUAUCUCAAUCUAAUGGAGAUUAAUAGAAGACGUGUUGUGAACUGAGCAAGGCAUGUACGUGUCAGCUAGUCUAUGUCAGGUACGUAUUGUCAUUCUCAAUCUUGUUUGCAGAGUUGUAUUUUAAGAUUAGAUCAAGGUACUGAAUCGUUUGUAUUGUUCUUAUCUCACGAAUCAAAUAUAUAUUUGUUGUAGAUAUAUAUUUGUAUAUACACAGAAAGGCUCCUCGAUGUGGAGUUUGCUAUGUAUACGCAUGCCUGGUGCACUGUAAUACCACAAUUUUAUAUCAUCACCAUUAUGUAUAUAUGUGAUUAUACAUUUUGAAAAUGAAAUGAAAUUUUUUAAUGAAAAGAUUGUAUAUAAAAGGUAUAUACAGUCAUUACCUAAUCAUGAGCAUAGUAACAUAUGCAUUAUUUGUAAAGAAUGAUAUCAUUUUUUGUUUCUUUAUCAGGUCCAGUUAAUGUCUUUGCUCUUAAUUAUAGGAUAUUUAAUAAAAAGAAAAGCAUGUUUUUGUCUUUAGUUUUGAGAGCUUUUGAUGUAGUUUGUGGGAUCAAACACAAUCAUUUCUGAAACGUCUGCAUAUGCUAAGAAUGUCUGUCCUCAAGUAGGAUAUACACUUUAGUCAAAACUCUUUAUCUCUUACCAACUGCACUGUCACAAAUCCAGAAUGAAGAAACUUUUAAAAUCAUUUAUUCAAAUUGUCUGUUUGGAACCAUAAGGGUGCUUAGUGUCAAAGGGUGUUGUAACACACAGAGUUUACGCACAUUUUGGCUGUAAGUAGGUAUGUUCAGACAUUAUUGGUGAGUGCUGCUGUGUGUUCACUGGUCAUGAUUUAUGAUCAUCAAACAGAUUAAUUAUAUUUCACCAGUCACACAUUUGAGGUUUAAAUUUAAUGUUAGUGCAUGAAUAGAAAGACUAUAAAGAAUCUCUACUUGUGUGGCAG